AUGAGUGUAUUGUACUCUGUGGUCGUCUUCCUCGGUGUCACGUGUCUGUGUGCGCAUGCGCAGAUGGGUGGCACGUGUGGUGGCAUGAAUCUAAUGCAGCUGAGGGCGAUGAUAUCACGUGCAAUCGAGAAUGCACGAUCUGCACUUAACUCACAGAAACAGCUUAAUGAGUACUUUAGCCGGACAGGUUUUGACGAGGCAAUGAACCCGACGCCGUAUAUGGCGAAGACGUACCACCAACAUUACGCCGCCUUCUCCCAUCUGAAUGCCCCCGCCGCUAUCCAGGUGGACUCCGGGUACAUCGUGCAGCACGCCACCAGGCAGAUCGCACAGAUGUUAAUGAUGAGCCCGGAACAGCUUUACGCAUGCCCGGGGCUACGGGAGCUGUGGCAGGAGCUAAUUUCGCCCUACUGCAUCCGGCGAGACGCCAUCUGUGACGCCACUGCACGCUACCGCUCCAUCGACGGUUCUUGUAACAACCUCAACAAUCCGGUCUGGGGCCGCUCCAACCGCCCACACAGACGUCUGUUGAAACCAGUCUACAAAGAUGACAUCGGUGAGCCCCGGAAGACGGGCGUCACAGGCGAACCUCUGCCCGGCGCGCGGACCGUGAGUAACGUCGUUCACAACCAGGACCCCUGCUGCCCUGUCAAGGAGCGGGACCUUUCUCUGUACGUUAUGCAGUGGGGUCAGAUGGUGGACCACGAUCUGACGGACACCGCCAUCGCCAAGGGCGCCCAUGACGCCACAAUCAUCUGCUGUAACCUCACUAGCCAAGUACUCCAAUCAAGGUCAGAGUGUUUCCCGAUUCCUAUCGCCCCAGGGGACAGCCGAUUCAAGGAGCCCUGUAUGAACUUUGUGCGCUCCAUAGCCGGUCACAGCGACUCUUGUGAAAUUGGACGACGUGACCAGCUGAAUCAAGCGACGUCGUUCUUAGACGCCUCCUUCCUGUACGGGCACAAUGACGAGGACGCCGGCAAAAUCCGCUCCUUCCAAGGAGGGAAACUGAGGAUGACAAGAGACAAGUUGUUCCCAGCAGGCCUUGAGGACCAGACCCACUGUGAAUUGCAGAACCAGGGCGACUACUGCAUGAAGUCAGGUGAUUUCCGAAUUCACGUAAUGCCGGGCCUCACGGCUCAACAGGUCAUGUUUUUGAGGGAACACAACCGUCUUGCGGAGGCCUUGGCGAUGAUGAAUCCCACCUGGUGUGACGAAGACAUUUACCAGGAGGCCCGUAAAAUUGUCAUCGCAGAAUACCAGCACAUCACAUACUCCCAAUGGCUACCGCACGUGAUCGGCGAGCACCUGACGUUUCAGAUGGGGUUAUCACCCACACCGGCGGGCCAUAGCACAGCGUAUCGGCCCGACAUCGACCCGUCCGUCUCCAACGUGUUCGGUGCCGUCGCUUUCCGGUUCGGUCACACGCUUUUACAGAACACGGUACUCUUCAUGAAGAACCAAGGGAUGCACGUCCGGAAUGAGAUGGCUUUCAACCGGCCCGCCAUGAUUUUCAGCGACCAGGCGAUGGGUUGUUCGUUUGUGGGUAUGGGGUUGUCGCUGCAUCCCUCCAGCCGCGCGGACGAACAGGUGGUGGACAGUGUCCGCAACAACCUCUUCCUUGACAUGAACGGCCGCAGCUUCGACCUCAUCUCACUCAACAUCCAGCGGGGCCGUGACCAUGGAAUAGCCGGGUAUAACGCAUGGAGACAGUUCUGUGGACUGCCGUACGCGAUCCAUUUCGGCACGGGGCCGGGCGGGCUAGUCAACCACACCCCGAAAAACGCACAGAAAUUGUUCUCGAUCUACAGGCACCCAGACGAUAUUGACGCGUUUGCGGGCGGCUUGUCGGAAACGCCGGUAGAGGGCGGCGUGAUCGGCCCUCUCUUCAGUUGCAUUGUGGGAGAACAAUUCUACAACCUGAAAUACGGCGACAGGUUCUUUUAUGAAAACAAGGACAAACGGACAGGCUUCUCGCAAGCUCAGCUUAACUCCAUUAAGACGAUGACCAUGUCCAAGCUGAUGUGUCUACAUUUCCACACACCGCACGUGCAGAUGAACCCGUUCAGGAUGCCUGGACCAAUGAACCCGAUGAUGAAUUGUCAGCUCUUCGAUGACCUAGAUCUGUCGCUAUGGAAACAGUAA